GGCGCUAACAACAACAAAAGCAACAGCAACAACCUGACAACGAGACAACAACUGCGUUGUAGUUGUGGAAUUCGCAGCACUUAAUAAGUGUAUUUGGCAAAUAACUAACGCUAAAUUGCACAAAUUGUGUGCAAAGAGUAGAUAAUAAUAAUGAAAAAAAGUGCUUUAAAAAAAAAGUCCCACAAAGUGUUCUGAUAACGGGAAAAAUCUCUUGUGAGUGUAAGCAAAAGAAGGAGAGAGUGGGAUAGAGAGAGAGAGAGAGUGAUGAGCGAGUGAUGGUGGAAAAAAAUUCGUCAUUCAUUCACAAGUGCAAUGUGAAAACAACAACAGCAACAAAGGCACAGAAAUAGAGCGGCUUAGGCAACAAAUAAAACAAAUACAACAAAAAAAAAUGAGUGAAGCGCGUGCUUAACCUAAAAGUGCAGGCCACUCACCCACACAAUUACAUACAAUCGGGAACUCAAAUAUACACAUACACAGAUGUGGAGGAGUCUUACACUCAAUUUCAUGCUCUUUGUUUUUCACUUCCGCUAUCCGCAGCCAACAACAACAACAACAAUCGAAAUAUCAACAACAACCACUACAGCAACAAUCGAAAUAACAACAACAACAAAACCAACAACAAAAACAAUGCAUAGUUCCUGCUGAGUAGCUUUUUUUGUAUAAUCGAACGAGUGUCCUUUUGUGUACAUAAAUGUGUGAGAGAUGUGAGAUCCAAGGUAAAUCAGAUGAAAGCCAAUCGAACAACAACCAAACACUGCCGCCAACAAACAAUAAGUUAACAACAAUAGUUAAGAGGAAGAAAACCCGAAGGCCGGAAAACCGGAAGAAAAAAGCACAAGACGAAGGUGUGUGGCCAAAAAGAAAAGAAAGGGAGCACCCAUCCCUCGUAGCUAGCUUCAAUUUCCCAUAGGAAAAAGGAUAACCAAAAACGGAUAUAAAACUUUAACAACAAACUAAAGGAACAACAAACAACUCACAGCAACAACAUAAAACUACAGCCAAACUUUUCGGUAACAACUUACAUACAACAACUAACAACAACACCAAUCGAAAACUAUGACAACUAAUAUGAGAAACAACUUUAAACUACAAAAAUUACAACAAUAAUGAUUAAAAACCAACAACAACUGCAACAACGAAAAGGUUAACAACUCUAGAUGUUAUAAUACUAAAAACUUCCAUACAAAUGCUGAAACAUACCAAAAAAUCAUCCUGCUAUUCCAAAAUUGUAUGACAUUCUAAUGCUAACAAAAAUCAUAACCUUUUAAUCUAUUUGUUAGUUCCACAACUAAAAGUGUACAUAAGCAUUGCAAUUUAUACUAAAACUAAAACUCACUUAACUAUUCGAACAACCAAAAAGCACAAAUUUUUAUAAAUGUUAGAUCUACGGCUUCCAUAAAUUUAUACCGUUAUUAACAAAAGUUUACGGCAGCAUUUAUAGCAAAACCAUUAUACUAAAUAAGGCUAUCAUUUAUACUAUUGAUCUUGUUCACGUAAGAUCACAAAUUUAAAAUAAUAAAUAUAAUUAUAUAACAAUUAUUGGGACUUGGCAUAUAAUGAUAAAUAAAAUAAAAACGGUUUUUGCAUAAAUCAACAACUAAUUUUAACAACAACUCAGAAGAACAAAUUAUUAAGAAACCUGUUGGCCAUUUUUCAAUAACAAAAAUGCCACAACAUUAAACAAAAAAAAAAAAAAUAUCAAAUUACUAUUUUAAAAGUGUAUUUUUAACAAAUAUAAAUCAUGGUAAUAACUACUGUAAUAUGCUAACAAAUUUAUUCAACAGCCAAUUUAUAUUUCUCAUUAAUCACAGGGCAAAUAAUUUAGUAAAAUGCAAAACCUGUGUGAUUAACUAAAAAUUAUUUAAAAUAUAUUAAAAAAAUGAAAUAAUGUCAAAACUGAUAAGCUAACAAAGACGUUUCAACAACCACAUUUUGAAAAUACUCCACACCAAAGGGAAUCGAGGAGAUUCUUUAAGAUGGAGCGCAUGUGGCGAAAAGUGAACCACAGUUUGCGCAACACCAACAAGUCGCAGCAACCACAGCAGCCGCCGGGUGGCGAGGCAGGUGCCACUGCUGGUGGGGCCACUGCAGCGGCCACGCCCCAAUCCACCGACACGAUUAGCUCGGCGGGCGGCUUUGGCGAUGGCCAGCUGGUGGUCGCCGUCCAGGGAUUGGCCGCCGCUGGCGGCGGAUCCAAUGCCACCGGAAGACGGCUGGCCAGCAGCGGCGGCGGCUGCAACAAGUCGCUCAGCCAACAUGUCCUGCAAACGCGUACCGCUUCCUCGGAGCGACGGCGGCGUCGCCGGCGGAAGAGUCGACCGCGACGUGGCGGCGGCAUGGGCGUUACCAGUUGCGUCGGCGACACCGGCGGCGAUAAUAUGUCUUCCUCGGGCGGCUUUUACACUCUGAAAGAACACCAGCACUAUCGCCCCAGUCACCACCAUGGUGGGGGCGUGUCCGGCGGGGGCGGUGGCUCAUCGCGACGCCUGUUCGCCACCUCGGCGCCCAGUGGCACAGUGAUGAUGUAUCCGAAUCCCCAGCGAGCCACGCCACUGGCCCCAUCCACUGGAGGUGGCGGAGGAUCUGGUCCCGGCCAGGCAUCCACUUCGGGUGGUGCUGCGGGAGGAGCAGGAUCUGGAGGUGGAGCUGGAACUGGAGGACAGCCGGACAUCUCAUUGCGACAGCGGGCGGUGGCCAAGUUGCGCAUGUUCAACUUCCAUCUCAACUGGGACCUGCACAUGACGCACUGCAAACCCUGCGGUCCUCGACUGAGCGGUAGUGGUGGCAACAUAAUCACCCGCCGCUUGUGCCGCAAUCGUCGGCGGGAGGACAACGAACUGUACCGCUCCAAUAGCUUCAAGUUCGAGCGUUUCGAGCGCAAGGAGUGCCUGGAGGAGCUAUCCAACACGUUGCAGAAGCAGAUUGCCAUCUGUGAUGAUUACAGCCUGCCCGUAGACUUUGUUAAAAAACGACCGUCCAGCUUCGAUCCGUGCCUGGCGGAGGCGAUACCAGCGAAUCCCGAGCACUGGAUUGCCCCCAGUCCGCAAACCGAGUUUCUGCCAUUUGGCGAAGCCCAACAAGCGUUGCAGCUACAAGCAGCAACAGCAGCAGCAACAGCAGCAACAACAUCAGCAGCAGCAGCGGGAACAGCACCUCAACUACCGCCCCCGCUGCCCGCCCCCGCUGCAACAUUGCCCAGUCAGGCGGCAACAACAGCAGCAGCAGCAGCAGCAACAGCAACAGCUGCGAUUUUGGCCAACCACCAGCAACAUCAGCAUUUGAGCAUCAGUAGCAGCAACAACAACAACAACGGCAGCAACACACACAGCCAACAGAAUACGCACAGCAACAAUAACAACACAUUGCCAGUGGGGGCACAACAGCAACAUCAUCAUCAGCCGCAACGUGCAACAUUGCAACAUCCGCCGCUGCCAAAUAGCAACAUCAAGCAGGCAUCGGUGAAGUUGAUCGAAGGAUAUUCAGACCCAAAGGAUACGCGUAAUCACAAAAAGGUUUAUCACAAAAAGGCCAAGAAACGCACGGCUCCUGGCCACAAGCGCCAUCAGCAACAGCAUCAGCAGCAGCAGCAGCAACAGACAUUGCCGACGCCCAGAGGCUCACAGCAACAGCAGCAGCAACAACAAUUGCAUCAGCGACACUCCACCUACAACAACAACAACGGCAACUUAAGAAAAGAUAAACGGAAUAGCCAAUAUAAUUCAGACUCUUCGGCGCCGAAAUCCUCCGACGACGAGGCGGACAUAGACGAGGAGGUUGAGCAGCAGCCGCUGCCCGUGCCGCAGCCUCCAGCCCAGACCGCUCCGCUGACAGCGGCGGGUCUCAACUCCCCAGACUCCAUAUCCGAUGACCUGGUGCGUCCGCUGCCACCGCAACUUCAGCGCAGUCCGCGCAAACUGACCGUCGCCCCAGUGGAGCACAACAAGCGCCAGCCCUCGCCCUACUACUACUCCGAUCUGCUCAAGAGUCGCGACAAGGAUAAGGACAAGGAACGCGAUAAGGACAGGGAGGACUUUAAGCUCAAGUGCCGCCAGUCGACGGCCAGUGAACCGCCGCAGCAAACGCCCACUCAGUUGGGUGGCUACCGCAAGAGCUCCAGCUUGGAUGUGCCGCCGGCGGAGGAGCAGCAGCAGCAGCAGCCGGAAGCAGAGAGCCACGAGGAGGAGGAUCCCCGGACGGGACAGGACUCGCAGUCGACGCCCAAGCGAUACAGUUUCACCGAGGAGGGUGUGCACAUCAUCCGCUGCGAGACGCCCAGCACCAGCACUUCCGAGGAGUCCGAUUGCAGUGAGUGCCUCAAGCGACGCGAGUGGCACGCCCGCGCCUUGGCCUUAGUCCGCAAAACCUGCAACGUCCAGCCAAGGAACCAGCACCAGAACCAGAACCAGAGUCAAAAUCAGGGACAGAAUCCCACUGGCAGCGAGCUUCAGUUGCAGCUGCAGCAUUGCGACGCCGGCGAGGGCGAGCUGCUCAAGUGCUGCCCACCACCACCGGCUCCAGCGGAGAUCCAGGUGCAGGUCCAGCCGAUGCCACCGCACCGCCUGCUGGGACCAGCAGCCGUGUGCGGAGCCUGCAUCACAUCCGCUCCUGCCUCCUCCUCCUCCUUGGCCGGCGGACGGGGCAGCGAGCCCGGCGAUGAUCUGGAGGAGGAGUACUUCCGGCCGCGCAGCAUCUUCUAUGUGCAUCCGCAUGGCGUCCACGAGUGCGCCGAGUGCGCCCAGCCAGCAGUCCAGUCAGCAGUCCAGUCAGCAGUCAAAUCAGUCCAAUCAGUCCAGUCAGUCCAGACUGCUCAACCGCCAACGCUGCCCACGCUGAGCAAUCCAACGCUCGAUCUCUACGGCAACGACGAGGACGAAGUGGACGGUGACGAGGACGAAGAAGAGGACGAAGAAGAGGACGACGACUCCGAGGACAUCAUGGGCAGCCGGCGAAGGCAGAUCUAUGAGACGGCCUUCGACUGCAAGAUAGCCAAGUCGGAUGACGAUCUGGAUGAGGUGGAUCGCAUCACCAACUGUUCCGUGUUGCUGCAGUUGAGCAAUGGCAAUGGCAAUGGCAAUUGCAAUGCCGGUGACCUUGCCAAGGUCAACUCACUGGUGGGCGGAGGAGCCGCCAAGACGCGGGCAGAGUGCAAAAGGGCCAAGAACUCGAAGAACCAGGCGCUGCAAGAGCAGACGGGCGAGGCCCAUGUCCAGGUGCAUCAGGUGCAGUCGGAGCUGGGCAAAUUGCAGCUCAGCCAGGUGGACCAGCAGAAUCAGAAUCAGAAUCAGGGACAGUCGGGAGCGGCAACUGGUACUGCUACUGCUACUGCCACUGCCACUGCUACUGAUAUUGCUGGUGCACCAGGAAGUGGAGUAAGUGCAUCCAGCACUCAGCAGUUGCCGGUGCGAGGCUAUACCCCGUCGCCGCCCUCAACAGCUCCGUUGCCAAUGAAAUUCCCAGGCAAACAUGAACGCUACCUGAACAUGAACAGCAUACGGAGUGCACCCAAUCUGCCCGCCGCCAAUCCGGCGCAUCCGCGCCUCCGUGAUCUCCGCCUGCCCAUUCAGUCCAUGCGAAACCAGUGCGGUGGCGGUGGCAACAACAGCAGCAAUGACAACAGUCUCACCGACAGCGCCUACGUGAAUCCGCCCUCGACCAACUCGAAUUCGCAUUCGAAUGCCGCCUCGGGUUCGGCCGCCGGAUCGGCUGGAUCUGAUCUGAUAUCGGCAACGACAGGAUCGGCCGCAGCCGUGGUCUCUGCUCCGCGGCGGCCUCGCUCCUUUGUCCUCGAAUCGGGCAGAGUGCUGGAGCUGCGGCGCAGUGCCCAGGGCGGGCACCACCAUCAUAGCCACCAGUACCAGCAUCAGCAGCAGCAGCCGGGCGGUCAUCACCACACUGUGCACCAUCACCACCACCAUGGCCGAAGGAGUCACCAUCAUCGCCAGGGUGCGGGGCAAACGGUCGCCGGCGGAGGUCACAACUACAGCAGCACGGAGAGCAUUGCCACCUCGAGCAGUGGCGGCAGCAUGGAAUCGCUGCGCAGCAGCACCAGCGAGGGCAAUCGCAGCACCUCCAGCUCCGAGUCGCGGCACUCCAGUUCGCUCAGCUCGCACAGCUCGGAGUCGGGCGGCAGCGGUGGCAGUGGUGGCUCCUCCAGCGUGGCCUAUCCCCUGCGAUCGGCGGCGCCGCCGCAGCCGCUGCUGCUGCAGCACUCCAAGCUGCACAUCCUCAGUCCCAUUUCCGACAAAUCCUCGCAGGAGCCGGCCUCGGCCAGUGCCUCCUCGGAGCAGUCACAGCAGCAGCAGUCACAGCAGCAGCAGCAGCAGCAACAACAGAAGGCGCCCAUGGCCAUGCAGGAGGAGGAUUCGAGUGGAGCACCCGCACACGCAGAGAAAAAUCAUGGAGGCACACUGCAGGUCAAUCCCGUGGUCGUCUCCCUGAAGCAGCCGCGCAAUCGGGCCGCUCCCAACAAGGCCCUGCUCCAGCUGGCCGAUGAGCUACUUGGCUCAGACAGUGGCAUAUCGUUGCACUCGCGGGAGGAGGGCAAACCGCAGACUUUGGCCCUGCAGCGUUUGACGCUGCCCAAGCUGCAGUUGAUCGGCGCCAGCGAGGGCACAGCCACUUCCAGUGGAGGAUCAGGAUCAGGAGGCGGAGCAGGAGGAGGAGGAGGAGGAGGUGCCUCCUCAGCGGCAGGAGUAUCUGGAUCGGGUUCCACAGGCACUGCAGCUGGCUUACCGCAGGAUCUGCGUGACCUACCCUUCGACAUGCCCAAGCUGCGACGCCGCAAAACGUUGCAACAGGAGGCCGCCUGCACUUCGGGCAGUGCCACCUCCGUCGAUCUCGGCGAGCUGCCCUUCGACAUGCCCAAGCUGCGGCGCCGGCUCCGGGCCAACCAGGCCGAGAUCAACAACCUGCUGAUGCACAGCACCGAGUCCAGCGGCAUCUCGCAGGCCUCCUCCAGCCACUCCAUGCGCGACGAUCAGAAGCUGGCCAGCAAGCUGGAUACAGCACUUUUCCGGCAGAACCUCACCCUCAACCUAAAUGAGUCGCGCCAGGCCACCAAGCAGUUUGGCAGCCUGGAUCUGCGGGGUCUCAGCAGCAACAAGGAGCUGAACAUGAACCUUGGCCAGGGCUAUGUCACCGCGGUGGACCUAAUCGAUGUGACCAUUCCUCUGGAGCGCCAGGGUUGGUACCAUGGCGCUAUUACGCGAGUUGAGGCGGAGACCACGCUUCGUCCGCUGUCCGAGGGUUCCUUCCUGGUGCGCAACUGCGAGUCCACCAAGCAGGACUACUCGUUGUCCCUCAAGGGCGCUAAGGGCUUCAUGCAUAUGCGGAUCCAGCGCAACGAGACCGGUCAGUACAUCCUGGGCCAGUUCAGCCGUCCCUUCGAGACAGUGCCGGAGAUGAUCCGGCACUUCUGCCUCAACCGGCUGCCAGUGCGCGGUGCCGAGCACAUGUGUCUGAUCGAGCCGGUCAUCGCCCAGCUGCUCUAAGAGGAACUUUGGGGAACUUUGGGGAACUGUGGGGAACGGGCAACGGGCAACGGGAGCGAACCAAACAGAAUUACAUAUUAAUAGCGUGUAGUGGACUUAGGAACCUAUGUGAACAUGUAUGCACUAGUUAUAUUAUGCGAUAGUUGUAAAACGAAGAUGGCAAUUUUUUCAUGUUUUUUUUUUGUCGGCCUCGAGUUUUGUAUGUCGGUCUACUAGCAAACGAGCAAAAAAAAAAAAAAAAAAAAAAAAACACACCCACUCACUCUGACACACGAACUAGUUUAGCGUUUAAAGUAUGUAGCACAUUCAGACAAUACCAGCAAAUUACAAAACAACAAACGAUAUUUAUAUAGAAGGCAUAUAUAUACAAGCAAGACGAUAUAUACAUGUAUGGAUAACAAAAGCACUUGAGGACAGUUGCUAAAACGUAGUACACAAACGACCCGAGAAUACGAAUAGCGCUGAGCUAGUGCUAGAGCUAGAGCUAGAGCUAGAGCUAGAGCUAGAGCUAGAGCUAGAGCUAGAGCUAGAGC